AUGAUUUGGUUUCUUUACCUACUCUUUUUAUUUCUCGCUUCUUCUACUAAUGCUUGUGAUCGUUGUAUUCAUCAAUCUAUAACGACAUAUUACCGUGGCGAUUCACCUACUUCAAAUGGGUGGGGGGCAUGUAGGUAUGGUUCUUGGGCUAUGGAAAUCUCCCAAGACUAUUAUGCAGCUGCUGUGCCAUCCAUUUAUGAACAAGGAGCUGCUUGUGGUGCCUGUUACAAAGUAAGAUGCAAGGAUAGAAGAAUGUGCACAACAAAAGGAGUGAAAGUAGUUUUGACAGAUCAAAAUCAUGAUAAUAGAACAGAUUUCGUUCUUAGUAAGAAAGCUUUCUCCACAAUGGCUAGAAAGGACAAGAUCCAAAAACUUCUUAACCUUGGGACUAUUGAUGUUGAAUAUAAGAGGAUACCUUGUGAAUACAAAAACAAAAAUUUGACAAUUUUAAUACAAGAUUGGAGCCAAGUACCAUACUACUUUGCCAUCAAAUUUUUGUAUCAAGGUGGUCAGACACAAAUUCUAGCUGUUAAGAUUGCUCAGGUUGGUUCUUCAAAGUGGGGUUAUCUAAAUAGAAAAUAUGGAGCUAUUUGGGAGACUAACAAAGUGCCUCAAGGAGCAUUGAAGCUAUGGAUGAAGAUUGUAACUUCGGGAUUUAAAGAGAAGUGGAUAAUGGCAAAGAAUAUCAUUCCUUCUGAUUGGAAAAGUGGACUCACUUACGAUAUGGGAUUCCAAAUUAAGGAUGUUGCUCAAGAGUUAUGCCCUCCAUGGGAAUGUGGUGAUCAACCAUGGAUUUAA